UGGCGCAUCAAUUUCCAUAAAUAACAACAAAUUGGAGGGAAAUGGCGCAAACAAAAUGGUUUCGAACAUCUACUGUUUUCACGAAUAUCUCACGUAGUUCGUAGUGACCCUAGACGUAAAUUUUGACAGAAAGUCAAUGUGAAACCAAAAUUUGUAAGCAUGGGUAUCUCCCAACUCCUACCUCUUUUGGAAAAGAGCACCCGUUCGUGCAGCGUUUCGGAAUUCAGGGGGCAAACGGUGGCCGUCGACAGCUACUGUUGGCUUCACAAGGGGGCCCGAAGUUGCGCUUUACAACUAGCCAAAGGCGAAAAGACCGACGCAUACGUACAGUACUGUGUGAAAUACAUAGACAUGCUCCUAUCUUACGACAUUAAACCUGUCAUGGUCUUUGAUGGGCGCCCAUUACCAGCCAAAGCUGGAACUGAGAGGAAGAGGAGGGAGUCAAAAUCUCAAGCCUGGAAACAGGGUAUGGAGUACUUGAGGCUGGGGCAAAGCGGAGAUGCCUACAAAUCCUUCUGUCAGUGUAUUGACGUUACUCCACAAAUGGCACUUGAUGUUAUCAAAAUGUGCAGGAAAAUGAAAAUUGAUUAUAUAGUGGCGCCCUAUGAAUCUGAUGCCCAGUUGGCUUUUCUCAGCAUAAGAAAUAUGGUAGACUGCGUGAUCUCUGAGGAUUCUGAUUUGCUCCUAUUUGGGUGCAAGAGAGUAUUAUAUAAAAUGGAUGUGCAUGGACACGGUCGUCUCGUUGAAUCUGAUAAAAUUCAUGUAUCACUUAAGUUUCGUCGUGAACUAUAUAGUUUCCAAAAGUUCAGACAUGCAUGCAUAUUAUCAGGUUGUGAUUAUUUAGAUUCUCUUCCUGGUAUAGGUCUGAAAAAAGCUUUCAAAUUCGUUUCAAUGACCAAUGAAACCAAUCCAUCUAUUUUUUUGGAACGCAUUCCUCGUUACCUAAACAUGAAAAAUCUGACAGUUUCUGAAGAAUACAAAGAAAAUUUUUUAGUUGCUGAUGCAACGUUUGUGCAUCAGGUUGUGUUUGAUACAAUCAAGAAAACAUUGACGCAUCUUCAUGAAGUUGGAGACAACGCUCAGUAUUGUACAAACGCGGGAGAAAUAUUUGAUGAAGCUCAAGCGUUUCAGUUGGCAAUAGGCAAUCUCAACCCGCUUAAUAUGGAGAGAAUUGAUAACUGGGACCAUAGUGAAAGGCUUCGUUGUGCAUCCAGUAUUUGGUCGGCUCAGUACUCCCCGCCUCGUAAACCUAUGCAGAGAUAUAAGCCAUCCCAGAAUCUGCUAAGUAAGAAUAUAGAUCUUAAAACUAUAGAAACAAUGAAAGAACGAAACGACGAAGUGGUGGAAAAAGAGUUGGAGUUCUAUAAAUCGCCCGUCAAAGUUCAUGUGGCCCUUAUAGAACAUAACUCUCCCGAAUCACCCCCUACGCCGGAAUCUCAAAUUUCUCCCGUUUUAGGCAAUAAUCCAUUCAUUAAGAAAAAAAUUAGUAAAUUCCAAGUGACAAAACAAAAUUCUCGACAAAAAGUAAUCAGUCGUUUUUUUUCUUCGGAUGUUGUAGGUAUACAGGGACCGUCGUCUUCUUACGGGUCUUCAUCUGCAUCGCCAGUUUUCACUUCUGAGAGUGGAUAUGACGAACGUGUUGUGACUUCAGAAGACGAUGUAUCUUCCACUGUAACUUCUAACGGAAAUUCGCUAGAAGCUUCCAGUUCUGGUAAUCUGUCUCUGAAAGUUAACGUAGGCGGUUCGUCCCAGACAGAUACUGAAACUACAGAUACCUCAGACGAACCACCGCAAGUGGAAUGCGAAUGUAUCCUUGAAGAGGAAGACGGAACGGUGUCUCUUGCCGGGACCUCAACGACUUUAACAAGUGUGGAAAAUAUCCCUAUUGAACCACCCGCCAAGAGACGCAAAUUCCAAGUUGUGCCCAAAGGCAAAAAAAGAUCUUCCAACCAACCGACUAUUCAAGAUAUGUUCAAGAAAAUGCGGAUGAAUUAAUUCCGUUCAGUGUUAAAUAUGUUCAAAGUUUUGUUUCAGUUCGAUUAAGUUUGCGUUUGUUUUUUUAAGUUUUUUGCAGUUUUUAUAAUAAAUGUAUUUGAUUGAA